AUGGAGCCGUGCUUUGGCAGCCGGGUGCGCGAAGACGGGCGCGUCGGGAGCUACGAGUGGCAGACGUACACGCAGGUGAGCGCGCGCGUCGACUCAGUCGCGGCGGCGCUGUGGCACUUGAGCUUGGUGCCUCGCGCCGGAGACGGGAAGCGCUUCCUCGGCUUCUUCCUCAAGAACUGCCGCGACUGGAUGGUGUGCGCGCUCGCGGCGUACAAGACCAACGUGGUCGUCGUGCCGAUGUACGACACGCUGGGACCCGAGACGGUGGGCUACAUCCAGCGCCAGACGACGAUGCCGACAGUGCUGUGCACCGCUACGGAGCUCAAGGCGCCGCAGCCUCUGCUCGGAACGCUGGCGGAGCCGUCGCCAGCAGACCUCGCCUACCUCUGCUACACCUCUGGCACGACGGGCGACCCAAAGGGCGCCACGCUCACAGCACAGCCCCCGGCCCAGAUCACAUCGCACACGGGCAGCGCCAUGCUCACCCACGGCAACUUGCUCGCCGCCGUCGGCAUGGCGUCGUACCCCUCGAUCUCCGUCUUCAGCUACGACCCGGGCGGGCCUCAGGAGGCGCACACAUCUCCCCAGAUCUCCGCAGUGCACAUCUCCUACCUCCCGCUCGCGCACAUCUUCGAGACGGUCGUGAUGAACUUCUGCCUCUUCCGCGGCGCGGCCGUCGGCUUCUACCAGGGAGACACCCUCAAGAUCGUCGACGACCUGCAAGCCCUGCGGCCGACGAUCUUUGUCUCCGUCCCGCGGCUGUACAACCGCAUCCACGACAAGAUCGCCAAGGGCGGGCUUGCCGGCAAGCUUUUCUUCAAGGCGCUCGACGCGAAGCUGCAGCGGCUGCAUGCGACCGGCUCGGGCGAGCACCGCCUCUACGACGCGCUCAUCUUCUCAAAGGUUCGGAGGCAGCUCGGGCUUGACCGAUGCGCAAAGAUGCUCUGCGGCUCCGCGCCGAUCGCCGCCGACGUCAAGGAUUUUCUCCGCGUCGCGAUCGGCGCGCCGCUCAUCGAGGGGUACGGGCUGCGCGCAGUUCAUCGAGGGCUACGGGCUUACCGAGACCUCUGCGGCGGCGACGAUCUGCCACCCAGGAUUCCGACUCUUUGCGGGGUAGGGGUAGGACGACGUGACCAACUUCCACGUUGGCAUGCCGCGCCCUGGUGCUGCGAGCUCAAGCUGCAGGACGUGAGUGAGAUGGGCUACUCAUUAGCGCCGCAUCGACCCGCCGAGCGGGCGAGGUGUGUGUGCGUGCGAGGCCCGUGCGUGUUUGGGGGCUACUACAAGAUGGAGGAGAAGACGCGCGAGGCGUUCGACGCCGCCGGCUGGUUCCACACGGGCGACAUUGGGGCUUGGACGACCGAGGGGUGCUUGCGCAUCGUCGACCGGAAGAAGAACAUCUUCAAGCUGGCUCAGGAGACUACAAUGAGCGAGUACGUCGCCGCGGAGAAGAUCGAGACGGUGCUGCUGCGCUGCCCGCUGCUCGCUCAGCUGUUUGUGUACUGCGACUCGCUCCAGUCCUACCUUGUCGCGGUCGCAGUGCCUGACGCCGAAGAGGUCGCCGCUUGGGCCGCCGCCGCCGCCGCCCCGGCCAAGGUGGCCGAGGUGCUGCGCGAGCCCGCCGCGGCGGCGAGGCUGCACAAGGCCAUCAGCCAGCAGAUCGCGGCCAUGUCGACGGAGGUUGGCCUCAAGCUGCCGCGCCUCAAGGCGGCCGGUGUCUCUCUUGCGGGGCUCAAGGGGUUUGAGCGGAUCAAGAAGCUGCACCUCGAGGGCGAGCCGUGGAGCGUCGACAACGGCAUGCUCACGCCAACCUUCAAGAUGAAGCGCAACGACCUCAAGAAGCGCUACCAGGCCGUGCUCGACGCGCUGUAUGCGGACCCUACGGCCGGCACGGCCUCCAAGCUGUAG